AUGGUUCAACAGCGCACCGUACGGGUGAUGCCGAUUGCGUACCUUACAGCACGCUAUGCGAUGGGGAUGGGGAUCAUGCUGCUGGCAUGUUUGACGAUUCCAACGCUCGGUGCGGGCUGGACUGCGUUUCGACCGAUGUGCUGGCUUCGCGUUGCGCUACUCCCGCUCACAUUCACCGCCACUUCAACGCUGGUAGGAUAUCGAGCGUUUGUGAUCCACUUCCACCGGCCAAUACUCCUCACGCUGUUGAUCCACAUGCUACUGGCAGCCGAGUUCGCCGGAGGCAUCGCAACCCUGGUGCUAUCCUUAGAGACGGGCUUCGAUGGACCGAGGUUCGUGCCCGAGUGGAUCGUCGCCAUGCUGGCCAUUGCCAUCGUCACGGACAUCACACUCACGCUCGUCGUGGUGGUACCCAUCCUGCAAGACGCUUCGCCGCGGAGGGGAGAGGUGGCACACAUGCUGUUGCGCGAUGCAGCACUGUUCGGCGUAGGCUCGGUGGCGUUGAAGGGAGCAGCUAUGGUGGCCACCGUGGUGUUGGGCGGGCGACUUGCGAAUCCAUAUCUGCCACUAAGGAUGCAGGGGAUUGCAUGUGGCAUCUGGGCAUGCAGGAUGUUUCGCGCGCAAUGCACAUUUCUCACCACACAAAGGGAACGCAAGGCAAGCCCGAGCCUCGAGACCAUCAACUUCGACGAGGUACUGCCGGGGGCAGAGUCGAGCAUUGACUCGCUUGCGCCGGUCCAGGUGGCUCACAUGUGCAAGAGCGACGACAGCCAGGGCAACGUGGCGACGCAUGAUGUGCCCCUCAGACAGCGCUAUGGAGCGAAUCUGACCCGAAGACUGUCCGGUGCAGCGAUGCGCAACUGUUCCGACGGGCUGGGCCAUGGCUUUGGGGCCAGAAAGAGCGACAGAGCCCACGACGAGCUGGCGACGUCUGCAUUGGAUGCAAACGUGGCCGUCGUAGCUGUUGGCAAGGCAAGGACGCCGUGGACUUUGUUCGAGCACGUCGCAUCGAGGCGACGACGAGGGCUGGCCCAAGCAACAUCGUCGCAUCUGGCCAAGCCAUCGCGCCUCACGCAGGAAGGAGGCGGCCGGAGCAGUGGUACUCAUUGGAAUUCUGCUCUGUUUGCCAUCCAGCUUGGCGCUUCCAAGCUUGCAGCUCUCAGCAGCUCUCAGAAGCAUCCGUGCCUGAAGGCCGGCCCUCUCCGCACAUUCAACCCGAUGCACGGCUCUCCACCCUCUCUAUCUGCCCUGCCCAGAACAACCGAACCGGUCCGCAUCCACAUGCGACUUUUCGACUGCAUUCCGACGUUCAACGCAACUCGCUCCGCCUCGCCUCGCCCUGCAGUACUUCGCCUGACCUCGACCCUCGUCCUAGUCCUACCCGAGUCCGCUCAUCCGCUCACCUUUUCGCGUCGCCAUCACCAUCUCCAUCACCAACGUUUGCCUUCGCAUCCUAUUUGCAGCUUGACUACGCCUCGUACACACAUCCACGUCGAUCGCAACCAAGCAGGUCUCGCACGCGAUCCCCAACCGCGACCCCCUCACCUCGUCGGGCUUCUCGCUCAUUCGUUGUCGACCUCAGCCUCCGACUCGCAACGCAUCCCUGCAGCCUCAUAG